AUGUCGGACGCUCCUCGCGAUGUCUCCCAAUACAAGUACUCGGCCAUGUCCAACCUGGUUCUCCAGGCGGACCGUCGAUUUGUCUCACGACGAAAUGAUGAGUCCACCGGGGACCCAGAGUCCCUCGCGGGACGCCUGAGCAUUCGGGACAUGGGUGCGCGAGUCGCUCGUGACGAAGCUCCGAAGCAAAAAAAGCAGCCUGGACUGCCAGAUAUUCAGAGAGGCAGCUUGAAAGAGGACCAAGACGUGCUGCUACGCGAACAACAAAAACGAAAAGCCGACAACGCCAACCUCCGAGGCGCUGGCGUCCUUGGCGCAAACGAACCCUUGGUUGAGGGAAUCACAUACCGACCUCGCACACUCGCCACACGCGCCACAUUCAACUUAAUACUUACUCUUAUUGCAACAACACUCGGCGACGUACCACACGAAGUAGUUCGAAGCGCAGCCGAUGCGGUCUUGGAAUACUUGAAGGACGAUGAUCUGAAGGACCUCGACAAGAAGAAGGAAAUCGACGAUAUCCUCGGCGCGACGCUGAACCCCAAGCAGUUCAACGAACUGAUUAAUCUUGGCAAGAAGAUCACCGAUUAUGAUGCACAAGACGACGAUGAGGACGUGGCAAUGGGUGACGGUACCGGCGACGCUGAAAUCGACGAGCGUCAAGGUGUUGCCGUUGACUUUGAUGAUGAAGAUGAGGACGAGCUUGUUCAAGAGGUGCGGGACGAGUCAUCUGACAGUGAGGAUGAAGAUAACGACGUGGACGAGGACGAAACGCACAAGCCCGAUGCCGUUGUUAAAGAUGACGAUGACGAAAUGGUUUUAGAUGCCGGCCAGUCCAGCGACAAGGUUGAGAAGACGGACAAAGGCGCCAUUGCAGCCAGGGAUAUCGAUGCAUUUUGGCUCCAAAGAGAAAUUGGUGCUUUAUAUCCCGAUGCCCACGAACAGACUGAUAAAACAAAGGAAGCGCUUCGCCUACUGUCAGGAGAGCCCGACGAGGCUGGUGGUGAAGAAAAGACUCUACGAGAAAUCGAAAAUGAUUUGAUGGAACUGUUCGACUUUGAGCAUCACGAGCUUGUACAGAAGCUCAUCACAAACAGAGAAAAGGUCUUUUGGCUUACCAAGCUGGCCAGAGCCGAGAAUUCUGAUGCUCGCGAGGACGUUGAGCGUGAGAUGGUCUCUGAAGGAUUACAGCGAAUUCUGAACGAGCUCCACGGCAAAACUGUCGUGGAUGGGGAGCGCAAGGGUAUGAAAAUGGACAUUGAUGUUCCUGCAUCGUUUACAGAAGAGCGAAAGGAAGAUGCCGCCGACGGCCGUCUUGUUGGCGGCCUUCAGCCAAAGAAGCUCAUCAGUCUUGACAAUUUAGUAUUUGACCAAGGAAACCAUUUGAUGACCAACCCCAAGGUCCGCCUUCCUGAGGGCUCUACCAAACGCUCAUUCAAGGGCUACGAAGAAAUUCAUGUGCCGCCCCCGAAGAAGCGCAAUGAUCCCGAUGACGUUGUCGUUCCCAUCACAGACAUGCCAGAGUGGUCACGCCCUCCUUUUGGCGCGACAAAGUCCCUCAACAAGAUCCAGUCCAAGUGUUUCCCUACAGCCUUUGGGGACGACGGCAAUAUGCUCAUUUGCGCACCGACAGGUUCCGGCAAAACCAAUGUUGCCAUGUUGACCAUUCUUCGUGAGAUUGGAAAGAACAGAAACCCCGAGACUGGUGAUAUUGAUCUCGACUCCUUUAAGAUUGUAUACAUCGCCCCUCUCAAGGCCCUUGUACAAGAACAAGUUGGUAAUUUUGGCAAGCGUCUAGAGCCGUAUGGGAUUCGCGUGUCAGAGUUGACCGGUGAUCGUCAGCUCACCAAGGCUCAGAUUGCCGAGACUCAAAUCAUUGUCACUACUCCUGAGAAGUGGGAUGUCAUUACCAGAAAGGCCAAUGAUCUUUCCUAUACAAAUCUGGUACGUCUCGUUAUCAUUGACGAGAUUCACUUGCUUCACGAUGACCGUGGUCCUGUUCUGGAGAGUAUUGUCAGCAGAACAAUUCGCAAGACAGAGCAAACCGGUGAGCCUGUUCGCCUUGUCGGUCUGUCUGCCACACUUCCCAACUACCGUGAUGUUGCCAGCUUCCUACGCGUCAACAUCGACUCUGGUCUCUUCCACUUUGACGGAUCUUUCCGACCCUGCCCCUUGCGCCAAGAGUUCAUCGGCGUAACAGAUCGCAAGGCCAUCAAGCAACUCAAGACAAUGAACGAUGUGACAUACAACAAGGUUCUGGAACACGUCGGUCAGAAUAGGAACCAGGUGCUCAUUUUCGUGCAUUCACGCAAAGAGACGGCCAAGACUGCUCGCUACAUCCGAGACAAGGCUAUGGAGAUGGACACUAUCAACCAAAUUCUACGUCACGAUGCUGGCAGCCGCGAGGUACUUCAGGAAGCUGCGGGUCAAGCCACAGACAAGGAUCUCAAGGACAUUCUGCCUCACGGGUUCGGUAUUCACCAUGCCGGUAUGAACCGUAUUGACAGAACUGAUGUCGAAGAUCUCUUUGCUCGCGGCGCGAUCCAGGUCCUAGUCUGCACCGCCACUCUGGCUUGGGGUGUCAACUUGCCCGCUCACACCGUCAUCAUCAAAGGCACACAGAUCUAUUCUCCAGAAAAGGGUACUUGGGUUGAGCUGAGCCCCCAGGACGUGCUGCAGAUGCUCGGUCGCGCAGGUCGACCCCAAUUCGAUACCUACGGUGAAGGUAUCAUCAUCACCACACAAACCGAGAUACAGUACUACCUUUCUCUCCUCAACCAGCAACUGCCUAUCGAAAGUCAGUUCGUUAGCAAACUAGUCGAUAACCUCAACGCCGAAAUCGUGUUGGGCAAUGUCAGGACACGCGACGAAGGUGUUGAGUGGCUCGGAUAUACCUACCUAUUUGUUCGUAUGCUACGAUCCCCCGGACUAUAUCAAGUCGGAGCCGAGUAUGAAGACGACGUGGCUCUUGAGCAGAAGCGUGUAGACCUUAUCCACGCUGCGGCCAUGGUCCUGAAAAAGACGAACUUGGUCAAGUAUGAUGAAAAGACUGGACGUUUCCAAUCUACUGAGCUUGGUCGAAUUGCCUCGCACUACUACAUUACUGCCAACUCUAUGGAAACGUACAACAAUCUCAUACAGCCUUCUAUCACCACCAUUGAGCUAUUCCGCGUUUUCUCCCUGUCUGCUGAAUUUAAAUACAUUCCAGUUCGACAAGAUGAGAAGCUAGAGCUCGCCAAGCUUCUCGGACGCGUGCCCAUUCCUGUCAAGGAGAGUAUCGAGGAGCCUCAGUGCAAGAUCAAUGUCCUCCUCCAGGCUUACAUUUCGCGCCUUUCGCUCGAUGGACUUGCGCUCAUGGCUGACAUGGUCUAUAUUACCCAGAGUGCUGGUCGUAUUCUAAGAGCCGUCUUUGAAAUUGCUUUGAAAAAGGGUUGGGCCUCCGUUGCGAAGACUGCACUUGACCUUUGCAAGAUGGCCGAAAAGAGAAUGUGGCCUACCAUGACUCCUCUCCGGCAAUUUCCUACCUGUCCGCGCGACGUUGUUCAGAAGGCUGAGCGUAUCGACGUUGCCUGGGACAGCUACUUUGAUCUUGACCCUCCUCGCAUGGGUGAACUUCUUGGAAUGCCCCGCGCUGGACGCACUGUUUGCAACUUCGUCGCCAAAUUUCCCCGUGUCGACGUUCAGGCCCAAGUCCAGCCGAUAACCAGGUCGAUGCUCAAGGUUGAGCUCGCCAUCACCCCCAACUUUGAAUGGGAUGAUGCCGUUCACGGUGGUGCGGAGAACUUCUGGAUCUUUGUCGAAGACUGUGACGGCGAGGACAUCCUUUUCCACGAUACCUUUCUUCUGCGCAAGGACUACGCCGUCUCUGAGUCAAAUGAACACCUUGUGGACUUCACUGUCCCCAUCACCGACCCCAUGCCGCCCAAUUACUUCAUUUCGGUCAUGUCCGAUAGAUGGAUGCACUCCGAGACCCGUAUUCCAGUCUCCUUCCAGAAGCUCAUACUUCCUGAGAAGUUCCCUCCCCACACAGAGUUGCUUGAGCUCCAGCCCUUGCCCGUCUCAGCGCUCAAGACUGCAAGCUACACCAAGCUGUAUCCUGAGUGGACGCAGUUUAACAAGAUCCAGACGCAGGUCUUCAACUCGCUGUACAAGACGGAUCAAAACGUAUUUGUCGGCGCUCCGACUGGCAGCGGCAAGACUGUAUGCGCAGAGUUUGCCUUACUUCGCCACUGGUCUCAGGAGGACUCUGGCAGAGCUGUUUACAUUGCUCCGUUUCAAGAGCUUGUUGAUGCACGCCUACAAGACUGGCAGAAGCGACUCGGCCACUUGGCCGGCGGCAAAGAAAUUGUCAAGCUCACUGGGGAGACCGCUACUGACCUAAAGAUGCUCGAACAAGGCGACUUAAUCCUUGCUACACCUACUCAGUGGGAUGUUCUUUCUCGCCAGUGGAAGCGUCGCAAGAAUGUGCAGAGUGUCCAGCUCUUUAUUGCGGAUGAUGUCCACCUUCUUGGCGGCUCUCAGGGCUAUAUUUACGAAAUUAUUGUGUCUCGUAUGCACUACAUCAGAACUCAGACCGAGCUGCCACUCCGUAUUGUUGCCUUGAGUGUUUCUCUCGCCAAUGCCCGUGACAUUGGCGAAUGGAUUGAUGCCAAAAAGCAUGACAUAUAUAACUUUAGCCCUCACGUCCGACCUGUUCCUCUCGAACUGCACAUCCAGGCCUUUUCGAACCCUCAUUUUCCCUCGCUCAUGCUUGCCAUGGCCAAGCCUACAUACAAUGCUAUCACCCAGAUGUCCGCAGACAAACCCGCCAUGGUCUUUGUUCCAAACAGGAAACAGACGAGGAGCACGGCGCGCGACUUGCUGGCUGCUUGCGUCACAGAUGAAGACGAGGACAGAUUUCUGCAUGUGGAUGCCGAUCAAAUGAAGCCCCUCCUGGACCGCGUCCACGAAGAAGCGCUUGCCGAGGCUCUGUCUCAUGGCAUUGGUUACUACCACGAAGCGCUGAGCCAAAGCGAUAAGCGCAUUGUGAAGCAUUUGUUUGAUAAAGGCGCCGUCCAAGUCCUGGUGGCUUCUCGUGAAGUAUGCUGGGAACUGACGAGUGUCGCCCACCUUGUCAUUGUCAUGGGUACACAAUAUUUUGAAGGCCGCGAGCACCGCUACGUCGACUAUCCCCUCAGCGAAGUGCUGCAGAUGUUCGGCAAGGCCCUGCGACCCUCUAAAGACGGCCGCGGCCGUGGUGUCCUCAUGCUUCCGCAGGUAAAGCGCGACUACUACAAGAAGUUCCUUGGUGAAGCUCUCCCUGUGGAGUCGCACCUCAACAACUACCUUCACGAUGCAUUUGUGACAGAGAUCAGCACCAAGAUGAUUGAGUCCGGCGAAGAUGCCAUCAAUUGGACGACCUUCACCUACUUCUACCGACGUCUGCUGGCCAACCCCAGCUACUAUGGUCUCACCAGCACCACUCAUGAGGGCCUCAGCAACUACAUGUCAGACCUAGUAGAAACAACCCUGCGCGAACUUGACGAGUCCAAAAUUAUCGAUUUCGACGACGAGGACGGCUCUGUGUCGCCGCAAAACGCCGCAAUGAUUGCCGCGUACUAUAACAUCUCGUAUAUCACUAUGCAGACCUUCCUUCUGUCUUUGUCGGCGCGUACGAAGCUCAAGGGCAUUCUCGAAAUCGUUACGUCAGCUACGGAGUUUGAGGCUAUUCAGGUUCGCCACCACGAGGAUGGCUUGCUUCGCCGCAUCUACGAUCGCAUUCCCGUCAAGAUGGCCCAGCCUACUUUUGAUACUCCUCAUUUCAAAACCUUUGUUCUUCUGCAGGCUCACUUCUCAAGAAUGCAGCUCCCCAUUGACCUGGCCAAGGAUCAAGAGGUCAUAUUAUCUCGUGUGCUCAGCUUGCUAAGCGCCAUUGUGGACAUUCUGUCGUCUGAUGGUCACUUGAACACUAUGAAUGCAAUGGAAAUGUCACAGAUGGUUGUACAAGCCAUGUGGGAUCGCGACAGCCCUCUGAAACAGAUUCCUCACUUUGGAACUGACGUUGUCAAGGUUGCAAACGAGUUCGGCGUCAAGGAUAUCUUUGACUUCAUGGAAGCCAUGAACCCGGAGGAAAAUGCCGACUACAAGGAUCUUAUCAAGCGACUGGGAUUGUCUCAGAAGCAGCUUGGUGAAGCUGCCAAGUUUACAAACGACAACUAUCCCGACCUGGAGCUGGAGCACGAGGUCUUGGAGGAGGAUGAGAUCCGGGCUGGUGAGCCUGCAUACCUCAACGUCAAAAUGGUUCGUAAUCUGGAAGAGGAGGGUGGUGAAUACGACUCGACGGUGCACGCACCCUUCUACCCCACCAAGAAGAUAGAGAACUGGUGGCUGGUUGUCGGCGACGACAAGACAAACAGCCUGCUCGCAAUCAAGCGAGUCACCAUUGGCCGCGAGCUGAAUGUGCGCGUCGAAUACACGGUGCCUACACCCGGCAAACACAAUUUGAAGUUGCUUCUCAUGAGCGAUAGCUACGUUGGUGUGGAUCAGGAACGGGAAUUUUCUAUUACGGCAGCCGAGGGCAUGGACGUUGACUCGGAGGAGGAAGAGGAAGACGAGUAA